AUGUCUCUCGCAAAGAACAUCCUUCUCUUCGGAGCCACCGGAACAAUCGGCUCAUUCAUCCUAGAUGCCAUCCUCCCCGUCCGCGACCAAUUUAACCGCGUCGCAAUCUUCACUUCCCCGCAUACAGCGGAAACAAAAGCUGAGCACCUAGAAAGGCUGAAGAGGAAGAAUGUCGAAAUUAUCAUUGGUAACGUAGAGGACGAGGAAGCUAUCAAGGCCGCUUACGAAGGCAUGAACCUGCCAUUGUCCCCAAUAUACCAAUCCCAAUCCGAAUACCGAAUCGACACCAUAAUCUCAGCCCUAGGCCGCAACACUCUCGCCCAACAAAUCCCCCUAAUCCGUCUGGCAGCCGCCAGCCCAAAUGUGAAAUGGUUCCUCCCCUCCGAAUACGGCACAGACAUCAAAUACGGGGCCGCAUCCGCGCACGAGAAGCCGCACCAGCAGAAACUGAAGGUGCGCGCGUUCAUCGAGAAUGAGAUCUCGCGGGAUGAUCUCUCAUACUCGUAUGUUGUUACCGGACCGUUUGCGGAAAUGUAUUUGAAUCUUGUGCCUGGGCUUGAGGAGGCCGGUGGUUGGGACGUUAAGAGUCGGAAGGCGGUUUUGCUUGGGGAGCGGGGGAAUGAGGAGAUUAGUUUGACGACUAUGACGGAUGUCGGAACUCUCGUGAUGAAUACCCUUCUCCAUGCCACGGCUGAAUCGCGUAAUUCUGCUCUAUGCGUGAACUCGUUUACGACGACACCCGCUAAGAUUCUUGCCGAGUUUGAGCGGCAGACGGGGCAGAAGUGGGAGUCUGUUUCGCGGACUUCGUCAGCUCGACUGCGGGAGUUGGAGACACAGGCUUGGGAAGCUGGAAAGCCGGCUGCUACUGUUCUUACAUUGCGACGAAUCUGGACUGAGGGUGGGACUUUGUAUGCGGAGCGGGAUAACAAGGCAAUUGGGGAGCCAAAGGUUAUGGGGUUGGAGGAGGUAGUUGCGAAUGAGAUUGAGCGGGUGUCGAAGCUGUAG